AUGACGGCCUUGCAGCUGAAGGAGUUGUCGCAUUCGGGUCUGUACCGGAGGCGACGGGACCGCCCUGACAGCGUGGGGCUGCCCGGGUCACAGGAGGAGAAGCUGAGCAACAUGGCAAACGCACUUGCAAAUGCCAUCUGCGAGCGCUGCAGAGGUGGCUUUGCCCCUGCCGAGAAAAUCGUCAACAGUAACGGGGAGCUGCACCACGAGCAGUGCUUCGUCUGCGCCCAGUGCUUCCAGCAGUUCCCCGAAGGGCUCUUCUACGAGUUUGAAGGGAGGAAGUACUGCGAACACGAUUUUCAGAUGCUUUUUGCCCCCUGCUGCCAUCAAUGUGGUGAGUUCAUUAUUGGUCGUGUUAUUAAAGCUAUGAACAACAGCUGGCAUCCAGAGUGCUUCUGCUGUGAUAUCUGCCAACAAGUAUUGGCCGAUAUUGGAUUUGUCAAGAAUGCCGGCAGACAUCUCUGCCGUCCUUGCCAUAACAGGGAGAAAGCCAGAGGCCUGGGGAAGUACAUUUGCCAGAAGUGUCAUGCCAUUAUUGACGAACAGCCUCUCAUAUUCAAGAAUGAUCCUUAUCAUCCUGAUCACUUCAACUGUGCAAACUGCGGGAAGGAACUCACUGCUGAUGCUCGUGAGCUGAAGGGAGAAUUAUACUGCUUAACCUGCCAUGACAAAAUGGGCGUCCAGAUCACCUGCCAUGUAAAUAUCUCUAAAGCAGCUUAUGUGAGGCAUUUUGUUUGUGCAAAAUGUGAAAAGCCAUUCCUGGGUCAUCGUCAUUACGAGAGAAAAGGCUUGGCAUAUUGUGAAACCCACUACAACCAGCUAUUCGGUGAUGUUUGUUUCCAUUGCAACCGUGUGAUUGAAGGAGAUGUUGUGUCUGCUCUGAAUAAGGCAUGGUGUGUGAACUGUUUCGCUUGUUCGACUUGCAACACUAAGUUAACACUCAAGAAUAAAUUUGUUGAGUUUGAUAUGAAGCCUGUCUGCAAAAAGUGUUAUGAGAAGUUUCCUCUAGAGCUGAAGAAAAGACUGAAGAAACUAGCUGAAACUUUGGGAAGGAAGUGA